AAGGAAAAGGAAUAUGAAAGCAAAAUCGUUGAAGGGAAAAAAACACGGCCAAGUUGCUUUUAUCACAGUAGCUGUAAAUCGCUAUAAAUACAAAUACGAAUUAGUGUAAUCACUGGACUUUCUAGCUCUCCAAUAUAUCCCUUAUCCAACAACAUUUCAAGGAAAAAUCAAUGGGAAGACAGAAUCAGAGUACAGAUUCGAUAUCUCAAGGUAAACAACACUUCAGCCACCAACACAACUUGAAAUUUGUGAAUCCAGCUGAAGCUGAAUCUCUCACUUGCAAUGCUUGUGAGAAACCAAGCAAUAGAAAUAAGCCAUUCUAUGGCUGCAAUAGCUGCCAGUAUUUCCUUCACGAAAACUGCUUCAACGCUCCUCGUUUUCUCAAUCAUUCAUCUCAUCCUUCUCACCCUUUAACCCUUCUCCCAAUUCCAACUUACUCGAGUCGUUCGUAUACUUGCAAGGCUUGUGGCUCUACUGGCAAUGGAUCUUGCUUUAGCUGUGCUUGUUGCGAAUUCGAUAUUCACUUGCAGUGUGCAUCUUGUCCAAGCUCAGUACUUGUUGACAAACACCCACAUCAGUUGGAGCUCAUCUUUGGUUCUCCUUACCAAGAUAAGAAUAUGGAGUAUAUUUGUGAUAUUUGCAAUGUAAUAAUGAACAGGAACAGUUGGUUGUACUAUUGCACUGGUUGUGAUUUUGGAUCGCACUUGCAAUGUGCAAUUAGUCGUCCUGAAGUUGGUGUUUUCCCCAGAGAGCAACGACCAAGUCCAAAUCCAAACCCAAAUCCAACAGUGGAAACGAUAAAUUCAGUAAAUGAAGCUCACGAGCAGAUUAUUGCAGCUCAACUUCGUGCUCAGAUUGAGGCACGAGGAAGAGAGGCUGCUCUGGACUUAUUCAGGACUCCAAGAAGAUACAGUUACAUCUAAUUAACAGUAUCGUGAUCAUCAAAAUGCAUCCACUUUUACGUUCUACUUUUAUUGCAAAAUAAAUGUUUUUGUUGUUAUGUUAUUUCUCUUUCGAAUACUCUCUUUCAACUUUUAUAUGUCUGAUCGUUGAUGAUCAAGUUUCUUCAGUUUCUAUUUAUCUAUAUUACAACAUGUUUGAUUUUCGUGUUUC